GGGGGCUGCCGGGAGGGGAGGGGCGGCUGGAGGUCCGGCUAGGCCGGCGCGGUCCGAGCCUCGGAGAGCGCCUGUGGGGGGCGGGGGGCCACUGGACGCGCUCCUCGGUUGGGCGGUCUCUGACCCUGACCCCUCCGGGCUGACACCUCUGUGCUUUCCCUGUCCCCACGGAGCCCCUCCCCGGCUGCGGGAGCACACGUCUGCCCUUCCCGCGGGACACGGGGAUACACCGCCCCCCACCCCGACGGAGCAGACCCGGUGCCCCCACUGGCUCAGACGCGCUCUCUGCCCUGGAACCAACCGGGGGAGGAAGGAGGCAGCAGGCAGCAGUGGCAGCGACUGUCCCGCCGCAGCAGCCUCGAGGUCUCCCCUCCCAGCCGAUGUAAUGGUUCCCUUUCCCCCUGGCAGAGCCCUGCGCGGGCCGGUCACACUUUUGCACACCCCCCUCGGCACUAGCUACUCUGUUAGUGACACUUCACAUUCCUCCCCACAAUCCCACCUGUCUAUUCACACUCUGGCUCCUGCAUGCUCCCCGAGCCCCUCCCACACUCUCUGGAUAACAACACCCUUUCAAGCACACCCACACCAUUGCUGGACUAUUUCCUUCAUUUUGCGCUACCCCACACACACACCCCUCCGCGCCCCCCAUGCCUGCUUUCUGCCCGGCUCCACCCAGGGUCCUCUUGUGGCACAACCCCGACCCUCAACUCCAACAAAAGCCCAACUCCUAGGGUGGGAACACACUCCUCAAGGCUGGGAGGCGGCCGCCCAUCUGCUUCUUUCCCUGGGCCUCAGUUUCUCCUUGUCAUUUAGGCUGGAAGAGAAGGGCAGGGAGGGGUCUGCUGAAGAGGACAGCAGAGCCGGAGGGCCACGUGGUUUGAAAUUUAGCUGCACAGUGGGACCCCAUCACACAAGCCCAGCCACUGGAUGGGCUGGUGACAGAGAGGUCUCCUGACUUUGGGCCCACCCUUUACCCACUCCCUAAUCUGCUUCUCAGUUGCCUAGGAGAUAGGGAAUCAAGGAGAGAUGGAAGGGAGAGAAGGAAGACAGCGGAGGUGCAGCCAGCCCAGAAGACCAGGAAAGCUGGGUUGUUCCUUUGGGCCUUUCUCUGAGAACAGGGGCUGGCGGUGACCCCCAGGGCUGUUCCCUGACUCUCUCACCACCGUGGACCCAGCACCCCUUCAGUGGCUGCGUUCCUGUGGUGCUCCUCCACUGACCCCUCCGAGGUCACCAGGGUGCUGAGCCUGGCCUGGCCUCAGGGCAGGGCCUUCACUCUUGCUUGGACCCUCAGCCCAGCGCCUCUGGGCAGCGCCUCCCAGCUCCUACCUGUCGGGCUGACGGCUCUGAGCCACCAGUCCAAGGCGCAGAGUCUCCUGGCUGACCGGCCCUCCCCACAUGACUGCCCUGGCUCGUGUGCACUGCUGAGCCCCCUAUCUUUCCCGAGUAAGGGGACUCGUGGGGGAUGCUCGCGUGCCUGUGCACCGUGCUCUGGCAGGUCCCUGCGGUGCCAGCCCUCAACCGCACCGGAGACCCGGGGCCUGGCCCCUCCAUCCAGAAAACCUAUGACCUCACCCGCUACCUGGAGCACCAGCUCCGCAGCUUGGCUGGGACCUAUCUGAACUACCUGGGCCCCCCUUUCAACGAGCCUGACUUCAACCCCCCUCGGCUGGGGGUGGAGACUCUGCCCAAGGCCACUGUCAACCUGGAGGUGUGGCGAAGCCUCAACGACAAACUGCGGCUGACCCAGAACUACGAGGCCUACAGCCACCUCCUGUGCUACCUGCGGGGCCUCAACCGCCAGGCCGCCACGGCCGAGCUGCGCCGCAGCCUGGCCCACUUCUGCACCAGCCUCCAGGGCCUGCUGGGCAGCAUCGCGGGCGUCAUGGCAGCUCUGGGCUACCCGCUGCCCCAGCCUCUGCCCGGGACUGAGCCCACCUGGGCCCCUGGCCCUGCCCACAGUGACUUCCUCCAGAAGAUGGACGACUUCUGGCUGUUGAAGGAGCUGCAGACCUGGCUCUGGCGCUCGGCCAAGGACUUCAACCGACUCAAGAAGAAGAUGCAGCCUCCGGCCACCGCGGUCACCCUGCACCUGGAAGCCCGUGGCUUCUGAUCUCUGACCACCCUCUCCUCCCCCUCCUCCUUCCAGCCCUGCUCCCACUCUAGGAGGGAGAAACACGUACACCAACACUUGUUGAGCCAGGAGACAGAAGCCGUGAGCCUCUAGCCUCCCUGGACUUGGAGGAGGGUGUGAUGCAAUAAGGCCCAUCCCCUCCUGGCCUCCCUAAGUCCUACGGGUCUGAGGAAGAGGUGCAAUAGGCCCCAUCCCAUUUCCACAGGACAUCAUACUCAAGGGCACCCAGAGUGGCUGCAGUCGGUGUGAGGCUCUUGCAGCUUCCUGCUUCCUGCCCACCACUUGCCAGCGCCCACCCAGCCCCUCAAGUGGCACUUCCAGGAAGCAUGCCUGUAGGGCAGGGACAGGGGGGCACCAUCACAUGUGCCUUUCUGGGGUGAAACCCUUUGGCUGCCCUGCUCUCCUUAGAUGGGUGUUGCUCCCCCACCCCUCAAACAACUCAAUACAUCCAGUUCAGGAAACACAUGGUGGCCAAGUCCAGAUGGAAGAGAUGUGAUGAAAAAUGGAAGAGGUGGGGUCUGCAAUGGAGGUAAUACAGAAAGCAGAGGGGCAGGGACAGACUGGACCCAGGGGUCACCAAGGCGAUCCGUGGCACAGGGUGUCAUCCAGAAGGACACGGCCUUGAAUUUUCUUGCCAGCUUCAGGGUGCCUCCCCUCCGCCCCCUUUCCCAGGGUAUCUGUGGGUUGCCCAGGCUGGGGAGGGCAACCACAGCCACAGCCACAGAAUUUCCUGAAAGUUUACAUUGCGGUAGCAUUUUGGGGUACGGGGGCAGCUCCCCUAGGCCCUGCCCCCCAGCCCCACCCAACUCAUGACUCUUUUAAGUUUGUUGUAUUAAUAUUUAUUUAUUUGGAGAUGUUAUUUAUUAGAUGAUAUUUAUUGCAGAAUUUCUAUUCUUGUAUUAACAAAUAAAAUGCUUGCCCCAGAA